AUGUUAGAAGGUAAAUUUGAAGAAGCUGCUUUAUUAAAAAAAGUUGUUGAAGCCAUUAAAGAUUGUGUUAAAAAAUGUAACUUCAAUUGUUCAGAACAUGGGAUUACUGUACAAGCAGUGGAUGAUUCUCGUGUAUUAUUAGUUUCAUUAUUAAUUGGUCAAACUUCUUUCAGUGAAUAUAGAUGUGACAGAGACGUUACAUUAGGUAUUGACUUGGAAAGUUUCAGUAAGAUUAUCAAAUCUGCUAACAAUGAAGAUUUCUUGACCCUUUUAGCUGAAGAUUCACCAGAUCAAAUAAUGGCUAUUCUUGAAGAAAAACAAAAAGAGAAAAUCAGUGAAUAUUCUUUAAAAUUAAUGGAUAUUGAUUCUGAAUUUUUACAAAUUGAUGAUAUGGAAUACGAUGCUGUUGUGAAUAUGCCAAGUAGUGAUUUUGCUAAACUUGUGAGGGAUUUGAAAAAUUUAAGUGAAUCUUUACGUGUUGUUGUUACUAAAGAUUCCGUCAAGUUUACAUCUGAAGGUGAUUCUGGUUCCGGAAGUGUUAUCUUGAAACCUUACACCAACUUGAAAAAUGAAAGAGAAAGUGUCACUAUUAGUUUAGAUGACCCAGUUGAUUUGACUUUUGGUUUGAAAUACUUGAAUGAUAUUGUGAAGGCAGCUACAUUAUCCGAUGUCAUCACCAUCAAAUUGGCCGAUAAAACUCCUGCAUUGUUUGAAUUUAAAAUGCAAUCUGGAGGUUAUUUGAGAUUCUACUUGGCACCAAAAUUCGAUGAUGAUGAGUAG